CCGUAGCAGGUCGGUCGCUCUCCUCGGUGCUGAAAUUGCAGCUUGACGUGAUCAUGUAAACGGCGAUGAGGCCAAACGGAGCUUCAGGACAACACACAGCAACAUGGACGAUGAUCUGUUCCAACUGAGACAGCUGCCUGUCGUUCGCUUCCGUCGCACAGGUGAGAGCACCCGCUCCGAGGAUGAUGGCGAGAAUAAAGAGCAAGUUAUCAGGAUCACAGAGCAGACUGAUCUGGAGUCUGUGGCUCUUACAGAUGGAGCUCCAGUACCUCGGGAGUUCGCCAAUCCGACUGAUGACACGUUCAUGGUAGAAGAUGCAGUGGAGGCCAUCGGGUUCGGGACGUUUCAGUGGAAACUCUCCAUCCUCACUGGUCUCGCCUGGAUGGCUGAUGCCAUGGAGAUGAUGAUCCUCAGUAUCUUAGCCCCACAGCUCCACUGUGAGUGGAGACUGCCCAGCCUGGAGGUGGCGCUGCUGACAUCGGCCGUAUUUAUUGGGAUGAUGAUCAGUUCUUCUCUGUGGGGAAACAUAUCCGACAGAUACGGCAGAAAAACAGGUCUGAAGAUGAGUGUGUUGUGGACAAUGUUCUACGGCCUGAUGAGUGCAUUUGCACCUGUUUAUGGUUGGAUCCUCGUCCUCCGAGCGCUGGUGGGCUUUGGCAUCGGAGGAGCCCCACAGUCGGUGACCCUGUACGCUGAAUUUCUGCCUAUGAAGUCUAGAGCCACGUGCAUCUUACUGAUUGAGAUAUUUUGGGCGCUGGGCACUGUGUUUGAGGUCCUCUUGGCGAUCCUGGUGAUGCCCACUCUGGGCUGGCGCUGGCUGCUCGGCCUCUCUAACAUUCCUCUCUUCAUCUUUGCCAUCCUGUGUUUUUGGCUACCUGAGAGCGCUCGAUACGACGUGCUGACAGGAAACCAGGACAAAGCUUUGGCCACACUGAAGCGCAUCGCCACAGAGAACGGAGCACCCAUGCCACUGGGAAAAUUAGUUGCUGCCAGACAGGAGGAUCGUGGGAAGAUUCAAGACUUAUUUUCAUCCCACUUUCGCUGGACCACAAUUCUGCUGUGGUUUAUUUGGUUUGCAAAUGCCUUCUCUUACUAUGGACUGGUGCUUCUGACCACAGAGCUGUUUCAGGAAGGAGGCGCAUGUGGAAUGUCCAAAGGUAAUAAGAGGGAGCUCCGGUGCAACUUGGAGUGUAAAUAUCUGAACUCCGAUGACUAUAAAGAUCUACUGUGGACGACGUUGUCUGAAUUCCCAGGACUGCUGGUGACACUGUGGGCUAUUGAUCGACUGGGACGGAGGAGGACCAUGGCGUUGUGUUUCCUCAUCUUCUCUCUGUGCAUCAUUCCACUCUAUGGUUGUGUUGGGAGGACAUCCAUGACAGUGUUGAUUUUCAUCGCCAGAGCCUUUAUUGCAGGAGGAUUCCAGGCUGCCUAUGUGUACACUCCAGAGGUUUACCCAACAGCAACCAGGGCUUUAGGCCUGGGAACAAGCAGUGGAAUGGCCAGAGUUGGUGCCCUCAUUACUCCGUUUGUUGCACAGGUGAUGCUGGAGUCCUCUGUGUAUCUGGCUCUGUCAGUGUACUGCUGCUGCUGCCUUGUUGCUGCCGUCGCCUGCUGUGCGCUGCCGAUUGAGACGACAGGCCGCGGCCUGCAGGAAUCCAGCCACCGUGAGUGGGGCCAGGAGAUGAUGGGCCGGGCCUCUUCCUCCUCCCACAACUCAGAGGGAAACCCAAACUCAAGCUCCGGCUCCCAGGGCUGAGGAUGUCCUGAAUGGUGACCGCAGAGGAGAGAAGAGGCCAGAGGGGGGGACCUGGAAGCAACACAAGCUCUCACCCUAUGACCCUACGAGCCAGGCAGCACAAUAUUUUUACAUUUCACUGUACUUAUAGUCUUCAAUCGCCAUUGCUGUCACAUCUCACCACUGUAUGACUGCACACAGGGUGACUGGGCUGACCAAAUGACCGGAACAAGUGCAUAAACAAAAGGUGAAGUCAUUGGGACGCCGUCAUGAAGAAGUGAGAUUUCAAAUACUUCGAGCAAAGUAUCUGAAUCCGCCUUUUCUAAUGUAAGAGAAGCAUAGGGGAAUACAAAGGGGGUAUCAGGAGUUAGCUUCAAAUAUUUUUCUCAAAGAGCCUUAAAACUACCUAUUCAGUUUGUGGUUGAGAGACCUGCUCCUAACCCCGUGAAAAAGCUGCUUCUUUUUGCAAUAAUGGAGAAUUAUCUUGUGAACACAAGUCAAAAUACACAAGUCAUAAACUCAGCCUUAUCAGAAGUGUAUCGCUGUAGUGAGGAACAGUUCAACCAACAAAUCAUGAGAUGAUUCGGUUAUAUUAAAGUGACUUAAAGAUUCCCAUGUCGAGGACGUACUGUAGAGUAAGUCCCUGACAGUACGGAUCCUUUUUGAAACUCCUGUUAUGAAUAUGUUCUUCACUAUUGUUUCACAUUUUAACGUGAAUGGAAUUUGUUUUCUGCUGAAGAAAUGAAGAAAAGGGCGUGAUGACUGUACUUAUUAUUCUGGUAAUAACCAAACGUCAGCCUCAUGUCUCGGUUGUUACGUGGACAUUUAUUUACAGCAGGUGAACAAAUCUCCAGCAGAGCGAGAUAACAUCCGUGACAUCAUACAGUCGACAGCAUUUCAUAGUAGUAGCACAAGAGGAAUGAGUCCACAGAUCCUGAACAUUACGUAAGUCAACAUUAAAGUAUUAGGGAAUUAAAAUCAGAGUAUUUAAACAAACCACAGAUUCCUCAGCUCUCGUUAAAAUAGAGGAGAAUUUGGGUAUGAGCUAUAAACUGCACACAUUGACCUUAACAAACAUCUACCGGGAUGUUACCUCUGUCUUACUGUAAAUAUUGUACCAAAACCUGGUUUAGUUGUUGUCUUUGCUUUUGUUUGUGACAAAGGAUGAUGUGGAGACAGAUUCAAGUUUUGUUAAAAAAAAUAAAGAAAAGGAUAUUAACUGGCACAGGUCUGGUCAAGCUGAGCCAGUGUCUGAGAUAGAGAGCUGCAGUAAAUGUCUGUGUGCACAGAUUCAUGUCAACACACUGGAUGUAAAUGUGUAUGAUACCAUAGUAAAUCAUCUUGGAAAAA